AAUAUACAAAAGUAUGAAGGCUAUUGCUUAACGCAUUGUAAGCCACCCUGAGUCUCCGGAGAAGGGCGGCAUAUAAAUCAAAUUAAAAAAAAAAAGAGAGAGAGACUGGACUGCCAUCGGUCAAAAAUGGUGUAGGGUUUCCUGUUUGGGCAGGUGGUUGGACUAGAACAGGGGUCCCCAACCUUUCGGACCUCAGGGACCACUAAAUUCAUAAUUUUAAAUCCCGCGGACCACUAAUACGAUCUGCCUAAUGACCGGAUGGGUAGGCGUGGCUAGGUGGUCAUGUGACUGGGUGGGCGUGGACAACUCGAUGUCACUCAAGUCGAGGGGUGCCUUGCCGGCUUCUACUCACCCCUCCCCUCCUACCACUCCUCGCCUCCCCAUCUGGGCUCCUUAGGGCCCCAACAGGAAGCAGUUGUUGGCGCUAAGCAGCCACUACGAGAAAGAGUUGGCAUAACAGCCCAGUUCAAAUUGGAUCUGACCGAAAAGGAGGCUCAGCAGAAGCACCUCACUGAGGACUAGGAGCAUAGACUUUCCAAGCAGAGGGAAGAGUGCAAGGCCAGGUACCGGCGCCUGGAGGCUCAGCGGGCUGAGAUGGUCAGCCAGUUCCAGGACAUGAUGCAGUCCCACUGGAACGAGGCCAUCCGGCUCUUCCCCACCAGCGGCACUUCCCUCCAGCCUUCGCCCAAAGCCCCUCAACCAGGAGGCCGAAGCGGACCCCGAAUCGGAAUUUCUGACCCACACAAAAAGACCCCAAAGGGGGAGACUCUCUGCAGCAACACAAACAUUCAUUGCACCUAUCCGUCCCAGGGCCCGUAGUUUGAGGACCCCUGAUUUAGUGCAAUAUAAAAAAAAAAUGCAAAUAAUUUUUCUGCAGACCACCAAAACUUUCUCGCCGACCAUCAGUGGUCCAUGGACCACCAGUUGGUUGACAGCUGACCUACAUGAUCCCUUCCAACUCUGUUAAUCUGUAUUCCAACUAACGGGCAUCUCUUUCUUUUCGUGGCCACAUGAUAUUGCAGCAAUUUCCCUCCUUAGCUGGUGCUGAUUUACUCUGCGUUGUGUUUCGGUGUCUCCGAUUUAAACCGCUGAGUCACAUUAGUAGUUGUCGUAAAUAGUUGAGCGUUGAACUUCACCUUGAUUGCUGUAAAAUGUGCUAAAAGUUUCCUUUUUUUUUUUUUAUUAUGGGAGGCGGCUGCAGAAUAUAAAGCGGCAGAUACCUGGUGAGUUUAAUGGCUACUACACUGAGAUGCUUACGGAUGAUACACACGGAAGGUGUUAAUUUUUAGGAGCCUUAGAACGGUUGCUGACCGCAGUGAGUAGAAAACCUUCCUUCUGGAAACGGCCUUCCCUUUCCUAGACAAUGUGCUGAUCCACAGGCCAUCAGCCAAAGGGUUCAGUUCCUGCAUCAGAGCCGAGUCUUCCCCUUUGCCAAUAAAGAAUUUUUUUUGUGAAGACGAAAGAAUGACUCAGUCCCCGGGACACCACGAGGAUGGGACCUGUUCCUGCCACCCGUUUUCAGUGCAAAGUGUUCACCAGACUCUGGAUGAGAUGGAUUUUGAGAGAGGGAUCUGGAAUGCUGCGCUGAAUGGAGAUCUGGAAGGGGUCAAGAAACACAUCCUGAGCCGUGGGAAACCUAAUGAGCCAGAUCCUUUUGGAUACACAGCUUUGCACUAUGCCAGUCGCAACGGGCAUUAUGACAUCUGCCUUUUCCUCCUGGGCCACGGAGCUUCCUGCAAUGUCCGCACCCAUGGCGGGGCCAGCCCCCUGCAUCGAGCGGCUUACUGCGGUCACACAGCAAUAGCCAAGCUGCUGCUGGACCACGGAGCUGAUCCAGCUGCCACGGACGACGAUGGGAAGACGUCCCUCCAUAAGGCGGCAGAGAAUGGGCACCAGGGAAUCUGCGAGCUCAUCUUGGAGCAGCACCCUCAGCUGAGGCAUAUGCAGGACAAGAGCCAGAGACGUGCUGGUGACUUGGUUCCUGCCAAGAAUGAAGGCUUGCGGAAGAAACUUUUAGACCUCUGAUUUGUUCCUUGAAAAAGCUGCCUGUUCCUUAAGCCAAAUGUCCAUGUUUGCAUCUUCUCUUCCGAAAUUAGAAAGAAGCAGCUGAAACUGAA